UUUCCUCCCGCACAGGGCCACCAUACCCAACUUAAAGAAAUAUUUGGAGAUCAAACCGCAAGCAGCAGCAGGGAUCCUUGAAAACUUUGAAAAUUUGUGUUGUUACAACAAUGGCUGCCAAAUUAUUAUCCGAUCUUGCCUCUGGUGUGACUUGUGUUCCCUCCAACUAUGUCCGGCCUGUACAUGAUCGUCCAAGUCUCGACCAAGUCCAGCCCUCCGAUCACUCUAUCCCUCUCAUCAAUCUCCACGGUUUCGACGGUUCGAGGUGCCAUGAAAUAAUCAACCAGAUAGGCCUUGCCUGCCAAAAUUAUGGUUUCUUUCAGGUCCAAAACCAUGCAAUUGAAGAGGCCGUGAUCGACAACAUGUUGAAAGUAGCAAGGGAGUUUUUUCAUCUGCCAGAAAGUGAAAGGCUCAAGUGUUUCUCCGAAGACCCGUUGAAGACCACAAGACUGUCCACCAGUUUCAAUGUCAAAACUGAGGAGGUCUCUAGCUGGAGAGAUUACUUGAGACUCCAUUGCUACCCUCUCGAGGACUACAUGCAUGAAUGGCCCUCCAACCCUCCGUCUUUCAGGGAAGAUGUGGCUGAGUAUUGCAGGAAUGUCAAAGGAUUAGCAGAGAGACUUCUGGAAGCCAUAUCAGAAAGCUUAGGCUUAGAAAAGGAUUAUAGGAAAGAAUUCGACCCCCAGAUCCAGCAGGCAGAUAAAACUGCUUUGAAGUGCAUAAAUUCAUAUGAUGUUGAUCAGUUACAUGAGACGAGAUCAUCACCAAUAUCAUCAGCCUUCUUAAGUGUUGUCAGUAAUGAUCGUUAUAAGAGUGUACUCCAUCGAGCAGUGGUGAAUUGCGAUAAGGAAAGGAUCUCCAUCCCAACAUUCUAUUGCCCAUCGUAUGAUGCUGUGAUGGAGCCAGCCCCCCAACUUGUUGAUGAUCAUCAUCCUCCCCUUUACAGGAGCUUUACCUAUGCUGAGUUCUAUGAUAAAUUCUGGGACAGAGGCCUCAACACUCGAUCCUCUUUGGACUUGUUUAAGACUACCUCUCAUGCUUAA